AUGGACUACGUUCAACAGAGAGUGGCCCAAGAGGCAGCCAAGGCAGAGGGCGCUUCGGCCAGCUCCUCCUUCUUCACCCCCCUCAACAUCAUCGUCCUCCUCUUUGUUCUCUACGCGACCUACAGCUUCCUUAGGCCAACCCCUCCCCCCGCUCUCCCCAAGGAGGAACCAGCAGUCGUCUUCAAGACAUUCACCCCACGAACACUUCUACCGUACAAUGGCGAGAACAACAUGCCCGUCUAUCUCGCUGUGAAGGGCCGUGUUUUCGACGUGACUCGCGGACGGAACUUUUAUGGUCCUGGCGGCCCCUAUGCCAACUUUGCUGGCCGCGAUGCCUCCCGUGGGUUGGCCAAGGGUAGCUUUGACGAGGAUAUGCUGACCAAGGAUCUGGAUGGGCCGCUGGAUACACUUACCGAUCUGAAUCAGGAGGAGCUGGAGGCUAUGGCUGGGUGGGAAGAGAGAUUUUUGGAGAAGUACCUGGUUGUUGGAAAGCUGGUUGCUGUUGGGGAAGAGGAGAAGGAGGAGUAG